AUGCUCAGUCUGGCAGCCACUCUGAUAAAACUGGAUCCAGAGGACGGCGAGCAGAUCGUGGAGUAUUUAAAGACUCAAGCCCUGCUAAUGAGAGAGAAAGCACUGCUGCAGGCGUCAGUCAGAGAUCAGAAGAAGCUGCUGGUGGAAAACGGAAAACUGAAGAAAGACAUCGAGGUGCUGAGAACUCAGCUGCAGGAAAAACAGAGGAGACGCACUGCUAAAGCUUUGUUCGCCCCGGCUCCUCCUCCUCCAUCUGUUAGCCCCGCCCCCUCACCACCUGCCAACCAACCUGAUGGAGCCACAGCUGCUGUUUCAACGAAUCCUCCUCCCACCUCCUCCCAUGACCGCAGAGAGAGACAGAGCAGGAGGAGGAGAGGAGAGAGGAAAGCUCGUCCCACCUCCGACUCCCUCUCUUUGGGGGCAGAGCCUCGCGUUGACGUGUCACGACUGGACCUUCGGGUUGGACGGAUCCUCAGCGUCCGCCGCCACCCGCUGGCCGAGAUGAUGUCGGUCCAGGAAGUAGACGUCGGAGAGAACGCACCCCGAACGGUCGUCAGCAAGCUGGGAGGGAAAACAAACCUCGAGGAGCUCCAGGGCGGUCUAGCUGUGUUGCUAUGCAACGUCAAGGCCUGUAAACUGAGGGGCGUGGUCUCACAGGCCCGCCUCCUCUGUUGCUCCACCCCCGAUGACUGCACCGAGCUGUUGGCCCCGCCCACAGGUUCCACCCCUGGGGACAGGGUCACCUUCCUCAACUACCCCGGUGACCCGGACCGGGAGCUGCAGUCCAAAGACCGGGUUUGGGAGCUCCUUCAGCCCGACCUACAGGUGGACUCGAGGGGCGUGGCCAACUACAAAGGCUGUGGGUUUGAGGUGAAGGGGAAGGGUCUGUGCAGGGCGCCCUCCCUCACCAACGCCGUCAUCAGAUAG